AUGAUGGAAACAACCCCGUUGGACAUGGAGGGAUCCUCCUUGGCUGAGAUCGAAGAUACCCUUCGUAUCAUGCGCAAGCAAGAGUCCACGAUCUACCGAAGGUUUGACUACCUCGCCACUCAGACGGAUAUCUCCGAUCGAGUCGUUGAUGGGUCAUGGCGGCAAAGGAUCGUGGAGUGGAUGUACGGCGUGGUGGACCAUUGCAAUCUUCGACGAGACUCCGUGGCAGUAGCUGCCUAUUAUCUGGAUCUCUCAUUGAUCAAUGGGCUGGUGGUGUCGAGACGCGAGUUUCAGUUGGCUGCCAUGACGGCGCUGCAGCUCGCCAUCAAGCUGUACGACUCGACCCUGGUCAAGUUGGAUAGCAUGGUCAAGCUUGGCCGUGGCUUGUUCAACGAGCAGGAUGUGAUUGACAUGGAGAUCAAGAUGUUAAAGGCGCUCAACUGGAACGUUCAUCCUCCCACGCCAGUCUGCUUUCUCCGUCAAUUCCUACGCAUGUUACCCCCUUCAGUGAUCCCACUGACCCGGUACUUGAUUGCUGAAGUGACACGCUUCAUUUCCGAAAUCUCAGUGUGUCUCUACAAGUUUGUCAAGUAUCCUCCAUCUGUGAUUGCUUAUGCUGGCAUGCUCCUGGCGAUUGAGCGAAUAGAUGGUUCUACCCUACCCUACUGGCAGCGCCAGCAGAUUUUUGAUUUGAUGUCCAACGUUGCUGGUCUUCAGCAUAACUCCAAACUUGUCGUUGAUGCGGUGUCGCAGUUGCAUCUGUCUUUGGAACGAAACAUUAGCCUUCAAGAACUCAUGAACACCAUUGAUGCUCAGUGUCAGGAUGGUUACUCUCGCUUGCGCUCCAGCAAAGCCAAUCCCCUGAAGCAGGAUCUCAUGAAUUCUCCCCGUGACGUGCUCCAGCGGAGUUGUAGUCAUUGA